UGGCGUCGGGGUGGGGGGUUCGCAAUCACCAUUUUCAACCUCUCUUGGUCGGUUUCUCCUCUGAUCCUCGGGGGGUUUUGUAGGGUUUAUCUAAGCCCAAUAUUGGCAUAAGCUUCAAAGUUCAAACACAGACAGAAAGAGAUAGGCACAGUACAAUGGGUUCCCUGCAGAAUGGGGUAGAGAGACUAAUACUAAAUGGCAGAGAGGAAGAUAAAGAAGAAGAGAAGGAAGAAGAGCCAAUAUUGAAGGAGCAAAACCAGAGGUUUUGUAUGUUCCCCAUAAGGUACAAACAGCUUUGGGAGAUGUACAAGAAGGCUGAAGCCAGUUUCUGGACCGCUGAGGAGGUUGAUCUUUCCCAGGACAUUCAGCAGUGGGGAGCUUUGUCUGACUCCGAGAAAUUUUUCAUUGGCCAUGUACUGGCAUUUUUUGCAGCAUCUGAUGGGAUUGUAUUGGAGAACCUGGCCGCUAGAUUUCUAAAUGAUGUUCAAGUGCCAGAGGCUCGGGCAUUCUAUGGAUUUCAAAUGGCAAUGGAGAAUAUUCACUCUGAAAUGUACAGCUUGCUUCUGGAGACAUAUAUCAAAGAUCCAAAAGAGAAGCAUAGGUUGUUCAAUGCAAUCGAAAACAUACCUUGCAUUGCUAGGAAGGCUAAGUGGGCAUUAGAUUGGAUUCAUAGUUCCAACUUGUUUGCAGAGAGACUUGUUGCUUUUGCAUGUGUUGAAGGAAUCUUUUUUUCAGGAAGCUUCUGUGCCAUUUUCUGGCUCAAAAAGAGGGGAAUGAUGCCAGGUUUGACGUUCUCAAAUGAGCUUAUUUCUAGAGAUGAGGGCCUACAUUGUGACUUUGCUUGUCUUCUUUACAGCUUGCUAAGGAAGCAACUAAACUUGGAAAAAGUUCAUAGCAUUGUCCAUGAAGCUGUAGAAAUCGAGACACAGUUUGUGUGUGAGGCCCUCCCAUGUGCAUUGAUUGGCAUGAAUUCAUCACUCAUGAGCCAGUACAUAAAGUUUGUUGCUGACCGACUUUUGGUUGCGUUAGGGUACCAGAGAAAGUACAAUGUGGAAAAUCCUUUUGAUUGGAUGGAGUUUAUUUCUUUGCAAUAUUCCCAUCCUUGGCUUAACUUAGGCAAGCCAUGUGUAACAGAAAUGAGGUUUAAAAGAUUAAAGUGGGAAACGUGAGUGGUUAGACUUGCUGGAAGUAUGGGCAAGAAUCAGAGGCAAGACAAACUUCUUUGAGAGAAGGGUGGGAGAAUAUCAGAAGGCAUCUGUAAUGUCAAGCCUUCAAGAUGGCGGAAAAAACUAUGUCUUUAAUCUGGAUGAGGACUUCUAGUCAUAACUUCUUGCUCCACCCUCUGAAAAUCAUAGAGAUGCUGGACUGUGCAUCAAAAUUUUGUUACUAUUCUUCUUGGUAACAUUUUGUCUAUAGUCUAUUCCAUUUAUAAGCAAUUCAAAGUAUAAGCAAUUUGAAGGAUUCAUCAUUUCAUAGUCCCAGAUGUUUAUUUUUAUUAGAAAGAGUUUAUCAGACUAUCUAUAAACUUUUCAUAUGUGCUGUGUACAAUAUUUUAGGUUGUCUUUUAGCAGUAUCUGUGUCAUGACUAAGAAGUUAUAAUAUAUCUAUUGUUAAAUUGGUUCUCUCAA